UAAGUAUAUAAAAGAUACAAGUAUAUACACAUAUAUACAUAUUCUCUUACUAAGUUGACUUUGUAUAUACAAGUGAUGGAUAAUACUACUACUACAAGGGAAUCAAGCGUACCGCCCGGAUUUAGGUUUCAUCCGACGGAUGAAGAGCUGGUCGGAUAUUAUCUAAGGAAGAAAGUUGCUUCCCAGAAGAUCGAUCUUGAUGUUAUCAGAGAUAUUGAUCUCUACAGAAUUGAGCCAUGGGAUCUUAUAGAAAAAUGUAGAAUCGGAUACGAAGAGCAGAAGGAGUGGUAUUUUUUCAGCCACAAAGAUAAAAAGUACCCAACGGGCACCCGAACAAACAGGGCCACCAUCGCAGGUUUUUGGAAGGCAACCGGUAGAGAUAAAGCCGUGUACGACAGAGCAAAGAUUAUCGGUAUGAGAAAAACCCUAGUCUUUUACAAAGGAAGAGCUCCAAACGGCCAAAAAACCGAUUGGAUUAUGCACGAGUACAGGCUCGAAUCUCAAGAGCAUGGACCUCCACAGGAAGAGGGAUGGGUGGUUUGUCGGGCUUUCAAGAAGCGAGCAACCGGGCAAACGAAUAAUAAGAGUACUAGAAUAAUUAAUGAAGGUUGGGACUCAACAUACUACUACGAUGAACCUACCCCUAUUAAUAAUGUUGGCUCAUCAGUUGUUCAUGAUGACAUCACAAGGCAUCAUCGUUUCCUAUCAUCCAAUCAGAAGUCGGCAUGCAAACAGGAGAUUGAAUUAGUCAACGAAAAUCUACAUUUCCUACAAUCUUCCGAUGAUCAAUUAUUCGUUGAUCAGCUCCCGCAGCUGGAAAGUCCGUCCCUUCCACCAAUCAAAAGGGAUAUUACUAAUUGUCGGAUAUUUCCUGCGACAGAAAUAAUAUUCGAUAAAAAUAACGACGAAGAAGAAGACGAUGAUGGAUAUAAUCAUAAUAAUAAUAAUAAUAUAAUUAUUGGUGGAAGCAAUACUUAUUCAUCACAGAAGAAAGUGAGUGCAGAUUGGAGGGAGCUUGACAAAUUUGUGGCUUCUCAGCUGAGCCAUGAUAUCGGCGGCGUGCCUUCGAGCUUUGAGAGUCGUAUUCAUUAUAGUACUGCAGCAGAUCAUUCUUCCGACUUGGCCGGGUUGCUUCUGCUCCAAACUGGUAGGGAUGAAGAGGCUAAUAAGUUGAAUCAAAUUUCUACUUCUGAUUGUGAAUUUGGGAUUUGCAUCUUUAAUAAAUAAUGAAUUAUUAUUUUUUGU